GUUUUUUUCUUAUUAGAAGCUGACUUUAAGGAAUUAAAGUGGUACUUUACUGAAACAAUACAUAACCAAACUUGACGGAUCGCUAUUAAUUUUAGUGUCUUUUUUUUUGAGCAAAAAUUUUAGUGUCUUUUUAACGAAAAAGGGUAUUCUAACACUAUGAGUCGCAUUUAUUUAAUUGAUUUGAUUUAAUUAAAGAAACAGUGUUAGGCUUCCUCGUCCUCUCUAAUGGCCACCACUGCUGUUGAAGGAUGAACAAGAAACUCAAGACUUUGAGCUCCGUAUCACUAAAUAUGAACCAGAAAAGAAAGAGCUCGUCUCUUCGUCGCUUGUUCACUUUCGUGUUUUUGCUUGCCGUAAUUUUCCUUAUAGGGAAUGCGUUUAUUACGGUAGACUAUAAACAAGGCAGUAUCUCGGGAUGGAGUUCGAUGGUUAGACUAAAUCUUGGAAAACUGAAAAUGUGCAAGACACCACUUAGGCCUCUUGGAAGCGAGACGCUACCGAGAGGCAUUGUUGCAAGUACAUCCGACUUGGAAAUGCGACCGUUAUGGGGCGCAAAACGAAAUAAGAACCCAAAACAGAACUUAUUGGCUAUGGCAGUCGGAAUAAAACAAAAGGAAAGUGUCAACAAGAUUCUCAAGAAGUUCUCAUCAAGUGAGUUUGUUGUGAUGCUGUUCCAUUAUGAUGGCACCGUAGAUGAAUGGAAGGAGUUUGAGUGGAGUGAAACUGCUAUUCAUGUUUCUGUUGUAAACCAAACCAAGUGGUGGUUUGCAAAGCGUUUCCUACACCCGGACAUUGUCUCAGCAUAUUCUUACAUAUUUCUAUGGGAUGAAGAUCUCGGUGUUGACCAUUUUGAUGCUAAACGGUAUGUUUCAAUAAUUAGAGAAGAAGGGCUUGAAAUAUCGCAACCAGCUCUUGAUCCUAAUUUGUCUGAAGUGCAUCAUCAACUUACUUCACGAGACAGCAAAUCGAGAGUACAUAGGAGAACAUACAAAGUCAUUGGUAAGGCUAGGUGCAACGAGAAUAGCACUGGACCUCCUUGCACGGGAUUUGUCGAAAUGAUGGCUCCUGUGUUCUCCAGAGCAGCCUGGAGGUGUGCAUGGCAUAUGAUUCAGAAUGACUUAAACCAUGGAUGGGGUAUAGACUUUCAGCUUGGAUAUUGCGCACAGGGUGAUCGAACUAAAAACAUUGGCAUUGUUGAUUCCGAGUAUAUACUCCAUCUUGGUCUUCCUACGUUAGGAGGUUCGGCUGAAAAUAAGAUAGAUUCGGAACAACUUGAUAAGACCAAGACUGAGGAUAGUUCAGACAAAUCGAAACCAUCAUCAACUUCUCAAAUUUCAUCUGCUAGAUCUGAGGUUCGGAAGCAGACUUACGCCGAACUGGAGACCUUUAAACACAGAUGGAGAAAUGCUGUCAAGAACGAUGAGUGCUGGAUAGACCGUUUCCAACCAUAGAGGAUUUCUUGUUUUGGACCAAAUUAUACAAUUCAUAGAAAAGCAAAAGACACGAAGAGAUGACAGCUUAAGAUCUUUCGAUGCUGUUAACCAAUUAAUGGAGGUAUACAUAGAAUUUUCCAAUACUGGAGAUUCUACUUUGAUGAUUCUUCUAUCUCUCGAUUUAUAGAGCCUCAAAGUUUAGCACAAAAAUCUUACUAAUGACUUAUAUAUGUACCACUGGAAAUACACAAGGUUGUGAAAUAAAACUUGAGUUUUUUCUUUUAACAA